AGGCACCGAGAUGUAAACAUGGCGCAAGCAUCGUCCCCCGAAUCUCCCAGCAAAUUGGAAUUCGAGGAUGAUUUUAUGCAUUAUUAUGUCGUCGAUGGGGUCCGUCUGCCGCCAUUCUGCAGGGGGAAGAUUCAAGAUAUUAUAGAAUUUCCCGUAAGGCCGGAUGAUGUGUGGAUUUUGUCAUAUCCCCGUGCCGGAGUGUGGGUCCAAGACCUGAUCUAUCUCCUGCUCCAAGGAGGCAACCUCCAGGAAACCAGUAUCAGCUUGGAGACCGUGGAAGAUGCCAUCCCGUUCCUAGAAGGACCUAGUCCUGGACUAGAGACGAUCAAAGAUCUACCGUCACCACGUUAUAUCAAAUCACAUCUCCCAUUCCAACUACUUCCACAAGGAGUACAGGAGAAACAGUGCAAGGUGAUAUACAUAGCUAGAAACCCUAAGGAUGUGAUGUGUUCAUUCUAUGACUUCCAUCGUACUGUUCGUAUGGUGCAUUACAAGGGAACUUUCAACCAAUUCUUCUACAGAUUCAUCAACAACAAAUUGGGAUAUGGCUCCUACUUUGAUCACGUUCUGACAUUCUGGAAGAAUAGACAUCAUGAGAAUGUUCUCUUCUUGAAGUAUGAAGAUGUCAAAAAGGAUUUUCCAGCAGCGGUGAUUCAGGUUGCUAAUUUCCUUGACAAACCUCUCGGUGAAAGAGCGAUCAAAGCUAUAAACAACUAUUGGGAUGAUGAACCACUUUAUAACAGAAAAGAGGAUCGGGUUGGUUUUUGGCGAUACUACUUCACGGUUCACAUGAACGAUAAGAUGAACAAACUCUUACCGGACAAACUCAAGGAUGCAGACAUGGAGUUUGACUACACGAUAUAACAAGAGCGCCCCCUAUCAUCAACGUGUCACCACCGUACAAAAUCAAACUAAGGCUGCGUUUAUGCGACCUCAAGCCAGAAUCAUGAUUUGAAUCAUGAUUCAAAACACAAACAUGAAUCACAAUAUCACAGAAUCAGCGUUUAGACGACCUUCAUUCCAAUGCUGUUUCUCCUCAGAUUCGGGCCAAUCCAGUGCGCAUCACUAGUGCGCAGUUUGACAGAGGAAGUUUUUCGCACGUGUUUCGGCUCUCGAAAAAUCUUUUGCUUCCAGAAUUCAGUUUAUACCACAUUUUGUUUACUUCUAUCAUAUAGGGUCCAUAUGCUUCUAUUCAUCUUGUUAGUUUAUCCAAAAUGGUGUUCGGAAGUGAAUUUCAGCGUAGAUCCAAUUUAAUAUUGAUACUGUAUACUCAACAACAACUGAGAUCAUUGUCUGUCCAGUUAAUUCAUUUACUAGAACUUGAAGUUGAAGACAUGACCAAAAAUUGAAAAGUAGUGGACGAUGCAAUGACCAACACAGAACUUGAACAUGACAAGAAAUGCAUGCAUAGUACAUAAUCAUGUACAUACAAUGAGCAUAUAGAGCGCCUUGAGCUUGGCAAGAGUCAAACCGAAAGUAGCCCGACACAACAGUGAGGUCAUAGAAUCAUGAUUGUAAUCACGAUAUCGUUUAUUCGAACAUUUUCGUACGUGAUUCUGCAGAAACGUCUUUCCAAACGCCCCUUUUUUCGUGUUUCAUGUUUGUGAUUCUAAUCAUGAUUAUAUUCAAUUUCGACUAAACGCAAUCGUGAUUCUGCAGAAUCAUGAUUUGAAUCAUGAUUCAAAUCAUGAUUCUAGGGUAAAAAAGUGUCGGAUAAACGCACCCUAAAUCAGCCAGAGCAAAUUUUGAGAUUUUUAAAAACUCAAUUUGAUAAACCAGAUCCUAUGCUUCAAACCUGGUAUCUAAUACUGUGAUCACAAAUGCCUUUACAAACAUUGUAUGAACGAUUUUUAUACAUAGCAAUAAAUGGUAUGAAAUCAUUUGUACCGUUCUCGUAAAGGUAUUUGUGACCAUAGCACUACUUGUCAAAAAUGAUUAUAUAUAACUUACACUGUGUCAGGGUCCAAUUUCAUAAAGACUCGUUAUAAAAACAAAUGCGAGAUUUCUAUAACAAAUUUAUUAUCAACCAAUCAGUGUGAAGGAUUUCAGUAGCUUAUAUAUUAUUGUCAAUUUGUUAUUUUAACAAGUUUUAUGAAACGGACCCCUUAUCUAGUGCAACAGUACAAGUAGGAGAGAAAACAGCCAGGGACCUGUUUUCAUAAAACUAUCAACUUUGAUAAUAUGGUAUUGAACUACCAUGCAAUCCAUGAUUGUCAUAGGUUACUGAGCCGUUACCAUGGUAAUUGCCAUAAUGGCAAAGUUACAAAUUAUGGUUCUAAAUCUACAUGAAACCGGCCCUGAAAAAUAAAAAAAAUAAAUGUUAAAAAAAAAGCCAAUAAUUUUGCGGGGUCAUUACUUCUAAAAACUCUCAAAUGAUAUACACAUUUAUGCUUUCAAGUCAAAGAUGUCAGAAUAUUAAGUUUAUUCCUCAUAGCUAGUAUUAUUAUGCAAUUCAUGCUUUCAAGUCAUAAGAUUUAAGAAUAUUUUUUUUUCUUGUAUAUAAUUUAGCCCUUAUAGCUAUUAUUACUGUAAUAUAUACUUUCAAGUCCAAAGAUUUCAGAAUAUUUAUUUCUUAUAUUUAUAUGGUUUAGUCCUUGUGAAUAUUAUUGUAAUUUAUACUUUCAAAUCCAAAGAUUUCAGAAUAUUUAUUUCUUAUAUCCUUAUGUCUUCUUAAUGUAAUUCAUGCAGUCCCCCCAAAAAAAUGAAAAUACAAAUUUCCUUAUACAUGAAUAUCAAAUGAAAUAGAAAUAUUGUUUUCUUAUUGUUUGUUAAAGAACUGGUAUGUGUUAAACAAAGACUUCUUUAUAUACUGAUGCUAAUAUUUAUUGAUUAAAACAUCCCAAUGUUUCCUUGGAUGAGUAAUUGUGUAUCAGAUGCGACGAAAUUAUGUGAAAAUUGUGAAAAUGUUAAAUUGAAAAAAAUAAAAUAAAUGAUCCAUGUGAAAAAAACAAUA